UUUUGAGACGGAGUCUUGCUCCUUCGCCCAGGCUGGAGUGCAGUGGCGUGAUCUCGGCUCACUGCAAGCUCUGCCUCCUGGGUUCAGGCCAUUCUCCUGCCUCAGCCUCCCGAGUAGCUGGGACUACAGGCGCCUACAACCACGCCCAGCUAAUUUUUUGUAUAUUCAGUAGAGACGGGUUUCACCGUGUUAGCCAGGAUGGUCUUGAUCUCCUGACCUCAUGAUCUGCCCGCCUCGGCUUCCCAAAGUGCUGGGAUUACAGACAUAAGCCACUGCGCCCGGCCUACUAUUAUUAUUAUUUAUUGAGACGGAGUCUCACUCUGUUGCCCAGGCUGGAGUGCAGUGGCACAAUCUCGGCUCACUGCAACCUCCACCUCCCGGGUUCAAGUGAUUCUCUGCCUCAGCCUCUCGAGUAGCUGGGAUUACAGGCACCCGCCACCACGCCUGGCUAAUUUUUGUAUUUUCAGCAGAGAUGGAGUUUCACCAUAUUGGUCAGGCUGGUCUCGAACCUCUGACCUCAGAUGAUUUGCCUGUCUCAGCCUCCUGAGUAGCUAGGAUUACAGGUACCCGCCACCAUGCUCAGCUAAUUUUUGUAUUUUUCGUAGAGACAGGGUUUCACCAUGUUGGCCAGGCUGGUCUCGAACUCCUGGCCUCAGGUGAUCUGCCCACCUUGGCCUCCCAAAGUGCUGGGAUUACAGGCAUGAGCCACCGUGCCCGGCCACAGAUAAUUUUUAAAAGCCUAGUCAGACUCCUGAGCACCAGCAAGCUGCUCUCAUCACUGUGUCUUCACUUGCUUAUUCAGUCCCUCUGCACAAAUCCAUGGGUGAGCUCACAAAAAAAGUUUCCUUCAGCUUUAAAAUCUCCAAGGAAUGUUUUUAGCUAUUACCCCACAGCUGCAUUUUCUAUUCCAACCCCCAUAUUCCCUCGAGUUAUGACUUUGUAGCCACACAAGACACUUUGGUUUAACGGAAGCAGAUUGAUCAAGAGAUGAGAUUAUGAAAGGAGGAAGAGACAAGUUUCAGUGAAGAGAGUUCUUUUUGUUUUUUGGUUUUUUUUGCAAAGAGACUGAAAAUAAUGUUAAGAGCCCAAAUCAGGAAGAAAUUUAAGAGAUGAGGAAUGAGGUGAGCUUUAUACAGAAGAAUUAAAAAUAUACAAGUCCUUUCUGUGCUGAUAGCACUCACGUAAAUGGUCGAUGUUCCUAAAACUCGCUGGACUUUCUCUAAGAAAUGUGGCAAGCACCAACCCCACAAAGUGACACAGUACGAGAAGGGCAAGGAUUCUCUGUAUGCCCAGGGAAAGCGGCAUUAUGACAGGAAGCAGAGUGGCUAUGGUGGGCAGACUAAGCCAAUUUUCCGGAAAAAGGCUGAAACCACAAAGAAGACUGUGCUAAGGCUUGAGUGUGCUGAGCCCAACUGCAGAUCUAAGAGAAUGCUGGCUAUUAAAAGAUGCAAGCAUUCUGAACUGGGAGGAGAUAAGAGAAACGGCCAAGUGAUCCAGUUCUAA